UUAGUCUUAUGUGAGAUCGUUUAGGGUGAAAGUUAUGCCAUUCAUUUUUGUGAAUUUAUCGUUUUUUAUUUGUCCAAAAAUUUAAAUUAUCAGAAAUGUCUGCACCUAAAGAAGGAUUUACUCAAGAUUUACCUCAAGGAGGAUAUGCUCCUUUUCAAAUAACACGAACUAAACUACGUACUUUAUUCACAGGUCGUUUGAGUAUGGGAAUAUUUGUGGCUGUUAAUGUAUUUGGAUUUCCUCUUUACUAUCAAAAUUGGAAAGAAGUUAGACAAAAUAAUAUUGAAGCAAAAAGUCAAGAAUUAGCUACAAUUCCUAUUUUAUAUGCAGAAAGAGAUAGAGCAAUAUUAAAACAUAUGAAGCGAUUGCGAGAGAUAGAAACCGAUGUAAUGAAGGAUUUUCCAUAUUGGGAAGUAGGUACAUUCUUUGGAACACCAAUAUAUGAAUCAUUACCAGAAGAUACGUAUAUUGAGCCUUUACCUAUAGAGAUAUAUACUUAUAUAUCUCCUAAAGAUUAUCCAAUACAAACUUAUUCUUAUUUGUUAGGAUAAAUAAAUAAUUUAUUAAGAAUUUGUAAAAAGUAGUUUCCUAUAUUAAAUAAUUAAUAAAAUCAUAUUAUUAUAAAUAUAACAAAUAUAUAUAUAUAUAUAAUAUAUUAUAUAUAUAACAAUAAAUAAUAAAAUAACAGUAAAUAUAAUAAUUGAUUUUAUUGUA